ACUCCGGCGACGGCGAUGGCCUGCGGCGGCGAUGAUUCGGAGGCGGAUCGGCGGGCGGCGCUGCUGCGCGAGAUCACCGAGGAGGGCGGCUUCGCGUUCGCGGCCUCGGCGGAGAAGGCCGCGGCGGGGGACCUCCGCUCGGCGGAGGCGGCGCGGGAGAUGGCGUGGGAGCAGCUCCACUCGGGGCCCUGGAGCGAGGUCGGCGCCGCCUGGAGGGACGCCUACGCGCUCGCCUGCCUCCACGUCGCGCGCCUCCGCCGGGCCGGCGGCGACCGCGCCGCCGCGCUCCGGGCCCUCGACAUGGGGCUCAUCAUGGGGGGGAACCUCCUCCGCGCCGACCUCGAGGCCGCCCUCGCCUGCAUCGUCGCCGAAUCGAGCGACGGCGACGGCUCCGAGGCCGCCGUUGAAGAAGCCAAGAGGUGGAGGGAAGGGCUCCAGAGGAACCGUGACAUCGCCGAUGCCCUCAAAAUUCUUCCGACAAAGUCUUUAUCCUGUAAAGAAAUCACAAGACGGUCUUGCAUAUCUUUGGAGGAGUUUAUAUGUGAUUACUUUUUACGUGAUACCCCUGUUAUAAUCAGUGGCUGCAUCGAUCAUUGGCCUGCGAUGACUAAAUGGAAGGACAUUCAGUACCUAAAGAAGAUUGCUGGGGAUCGGACUGUUCCUGUUGAAGUUGGGAAGAGCUAUGUUUGUAGUGAGUGGAAGCAGGAGCUAAUCACGUUUUCCCAGUUCCUUGAGAGGAUGUGGUCAACAGUCUGCCCUUCAAAUGUGACAUAUCUAGCUCAGCAUCCAUUAUUUGAGCAGAUAAAAGAGCUUCAUGAAGACAUAAUGGUUCCUGAUUACUGCUAUGCUGGUGGAGGGGAACUCCAGUCACUGAAUGCAUGGUUUGGUCCACAUGGGACAGUGACACCAUUGCACUACGACCCACAUCACAACAUUUUAGCUCAGGUCUUGGGCAGGAAGUAUAUUAGACUCUAUCCUGGUUCCGUAUCUGAGGACUUGUACCCACACACAGAAACUAUGUUAAGCAAUACUAGUCAGGUGGAUCUUGACAACAUAGAUGCAAAGGAGUUCCCAAGGGUACAAAACCUUGACUUCAUGGACUGCAUAUUGGAGGAGGGUGACCUGCUGUACAUUCCACCAAAAUGGUGGCAUUACGUCAGAUCUCUUUCUAUUAGUUUCUCCGUUAGCUUUUGGUGGCGUGCUGCAGCUAUAACUUCAGACGCUCCAUAGAGGCGAUGUCUUGGUAUUUGGUACAUCAGGAUCAGACCUCAGGAUUGAGGAGCUUGGUAAGCCUGACCGGACCCCUUGUUUCGACAUCCAAUCAUACGGCAUUGCUUGGAUGCAGUUGUCCAUGCCUAUUAUUGCAGAUGUACAUUGUUAGUUUCGCUAUAACUAUCUGAAACACCUGAAAAUUUCUUCUGUGCCACACGUAACGGUGAUUUACAUUCUGUACCCUUUGAUACUUGGAGGUUCAGAUUGAUCAUAUUCCAAUAUCCUGUGACCCGUGUUAUUUCUUAGACAAGUUUGUAAAACUUCCAUGUAAGUCCCAUUGCAAAUC